AUGAUGUCAAUGGUUUAUAAUUGGCCUGUUGAACAGGUUGAUAUGAUUGUUGUUACUGAUGGAAGCAGAAUAAUGGGUCUUGGUGAUCUAGGAGUUCAAGGUAUUGGAAUUGCAAUUGGGAAGUUGGAUUUAUAUGUUGCUGCAGUUGGAAUAAAUCCUCAGAGAGUUCUUCCUAUCAUGAUUGAUGUUGGAACCAACAAUGAGAACCUUCUACAAAAUCCCAUGUGUAACUUUUUUUCUUCUCUUCUUGAUUUUUUUUCGAACCUUAUUAAGUAA